GCGGUGUGAACUCCCCUCUUUUCUGCCCACACAAUCUCUUCCUACUCAAUCCCCACCACGUCAAAACACUGCAACCAUGGCUGCUCGUCCCUCCAACAUCGGCAUCAAGGCCAUUGAACUCUACUUCCCCAGCCAGUGCGUUGACCAGACUGAGCUCGAGAAGUUCGAUGGCGUCUCCGCAGGAAAGUACACCAUUGGUCUCGGCCAGACCAAGAUGUCCUUUUGCGACGACCGCGAGGACAUCUACUCUCUCGCCCUGACCACCGUCACCUCCCUCUUCAAGAAAUACAACAUCGACCCCAAGAACAUUGGCCGCCUCGAGGUCGGCACGGAGACGCUGCUUGACAAGUCCAAGUCUGUCAAGUCCGUCCUCAUGCAGCUGUUCGAAGAAUCUGGCAACUACAACGUUGAGGGUAUCGACACUGUAAACGCAUGCUACGGAGGAACAAACGCCCUUUUCAACUCAGUCAACUGGAUCGAGUCGUCGGCCUGGGACGGCCGUGACGCUAUCGUCGUCGCAGGAGAUAUCGCGCUUUACAAGAAGGGUGCUGCCCGCCCCACUGGUGGAGCUGGAUGCGUGGCCAUGCUCGUUGGUCCCAACGCGCCCCUCGUCAUGGAUGCCGGCCAGCGCGGUUCUUACGUUAGGCACACAUACGACUUCUACAAGCCUGACCUUAAGAGCGAGUACCCCAUCGUCGAUGGUCAUUUCUCCCUUCGCUGCUACACUGAGGCGGUAGACGCCUGCUACAAGGCUUACAACGAGCGCGAGAAGACUCUCAAGGCACGCCUAAACGGCAAUGGCGUCAACGGAAGCAGCCACGAGCUUGAGACUCCUCUGGACAGGUUCGACUACAUGGCUUUCCAUGCGCCAACCUGCAAGCUUGUCGCCAAGUCGUACGCGCGUAUGCUCUACAACGACUACCUUGUCAACCCCACCAACCCCAUCUUUUCCGAGGUUCCCGCCGAGCUCCGCGACCUCGACUAUGCCACUUCUAUCAGCGACAAGACUGUUGAGAAGACAUUCAUGGGUCUCGCCAAGAAGCGCUUCGCUGCCCGCGUCCAGCCUAGCAUCCAGGUUCCAACCGAGUGCGGUAACAUGUACUGUGGCAGUGUCUACGGUAGCUUGUGCAGCGUGCUCGCCAACGUCAACAGCCAAGAUCUGCAGGGCAAGCGCAUUGGCCUGUUCAGCUACGGAAGUGGUCUGGCCUCGUCCUUGUUCUCUUUCACCGUCAGGGGCAGCACUGAGAACCUCACUAAGCAGCUUGACAUUCACAACCGCCUUGCCAACAGGCGCGUAGUAGCCCCCGAGGUUUACGAUGAGAUGUGCAAUCUCCGUGAGCAGGCUCAUCUGCAAAAGGACUACACUCCCAAGGGAAACCCCGAGACCAUUUCAUCUGGUGUUUACUACCUCACCGGUGUUGACAGCAUGUUCCGCCGUUCCUAUGCUAUCAAGGAGUAAACUGCAUGUUUGCCGUACGAUAUACCCCUCCACCACGACUUGUUUUCUGCCUCCGCUUGCAUUUUUGAGCAUUUGCAGAAGUCAUUUUUAUGAUUCGGUUUAGACUCCAAAGGUUCUGUCAUUUUGUUCUCGGCGCAUGGAAUUGAGACCCCACCUAGUAGCUUUGCUGAGUUAUGGUGCUGUUUCAGAAACAUUACGAGGGACGAGAUGAUGGAAAGGGAAUUGGCAUGCAUAUUGCACGGUUCUCCUUAUGAGUGUCCAUACAAUAUGCUGUUUUCAUUUAGGUUCCUUAGUGAAGCAACUAGGCUAUAGAUAUAAUAAAUACUACGAAGUUUUCCAAG